GAGCCCCUUCUGGUCUGGAGAGCAAAGGACUGAGCCCGCCCCGCUGAGCAUCAGCCCGGGCUGCGCCGGUGGGGAUAACCGAACGCGCUCAGCCCGGACAGCAGCCGUCCGAUCGGCAGCGGAUCCGCUGAGCCGCUGCGGGGAACCGGAGCGGCGACCGCAGGAGGAACUACGGAUAAAGACCACAACGUUUGACUCGCUGCUCGCUGUCUUUCAGAAGAAAAGGAAAAAGUUGUGACACCCGCGGAGAGAAGAACAGCCGACGGGAGACUCGCGCAACGCAUUUGCCGUCGGAGAAAACGUUGCUUGAGGAGAACAUCCUCCCUGAUUGCAGGAGGCUUCGGAGAGGAGCCGAGUCCCGGGAUGAGAGCUCUCUGCCGCUUCCCUGUUUCCCCCAGACCUUCAGCACACUGGGAGACACCCUGAGAGUGUGUGGUGUGUCUGCCACCGUCGGGUUGCCAUGGCUUUGGUUCAGGCGUUGCCUGUGACCGCGACUGAGCACCAGAAUCCAGGUCUCGACGUGCAGCAGUGCCGGCCUCUAUCAUCCCACUCCCCGUCGGGCCCCUGCCCCGGCCCCUGUGGGCCCUGCAGCUCCGGGAUCGCCAUGGGUUCCGUCAGCAGCCUCGUAUCGGGCCGAACGUAUCAGGAGAGGCACUGCCGGGCCGCCAGCGAGUUCACCGCCAAGUCUCGUCGCUCCACGCCGGCCACCAGCUGCUUCCGGCUCCAGGACGACACCCUGCGCAGCGGCAGCUCCCUGGAGCAGCUGCUGGUUAUCAGCAACCAAACGCUUCCCCAGGCCGAGGUUCUUCCCCCGCCGCUGCCCACCAAGAAGCAGCCCCGGCCCGGUAACUCUGCUGGGGCGAGCGGCGGAGCGCCCGCUGGAGUGGCGACUAAUGGAAACUUGGGCUUUGUGAGCGACGAGGUGGUGAUCGGAGAAUGGAAAGACAACUCUGUAGAAGCAACCGCGAGCCCCUGCAGCGACUCAGAGGACCAAAGGGACAGCAGGACCGGCAACAUUGGAGGGCCUCCUCCCAAACUCAUCCCUGUGUCGGGGCAGUUAGAGAAGAACAUGGAGAAAGUGCUGAUUCGUCCUACGGCAUUCAAACCUGUCAUCCCCAAGAAUCGUCACUCUGUGCACUACUUGUUACCGCGGCCUGGAGGCAGCCUGACGGAGAGCCAGGCCAGCCUCAACCUCCUGCUGCCGCUCGCAGGGUCCAACGGCGGCGGCGCCGGCGCAAACGGCAUCGGAGGGAGCAGCAGCUCCGGCUCUGAAGGGAAACGCAACUCCUACAGCGGAGGCCGUAAUGCACGGGGCAGCCAGUCGUACUCCAUGUCGGAUUCCGGGAGGAACUCGCUCUCCAGCCUGCCUACUCACAGCAGCACAGGCUACAGUCUGGCGCCCAGCGAGGGCUCGGGCUCUUCCGGGGUGCAGCUGGAGCCCGCGCCGGGCUUGGGCCGAAACACUUCAGGUGCGAGUGGGAGCCACGGCCACACCAACUCAGACAGUGGACGUUCCUCAUCCAGCAAGAGCACAGGCUCCGGGUCGCUAAGCGGGCGCGGGCAGCCGCUGUCGGACAGCGGGUCGUGCGGCCACUCGCCGCCGCUGGUGGAGGGCUACGAGGCCGUGGUGAGGGAGCUGGAGGAGAAGCUGAGGGAACGAGACCUGGAGCUGCAGCAGCUCAGGGAAAAUCUGGAUGAGAAUGAAGCUGCCAUCUGCCAGGUGUAUGAGGAGAAGCAGCGGCGCUGUGAAAGAGAGAUGGAGGAGUUGAGACAGAGCUGUGCAUUAAAGAUGAAGCAGGCUUCUCAGAAGGCCCAGAGGGCCCAGCAGGUGCUACAGUUACAGGUAUUUCAACUACAGCAGGAGAAAAAGAAGCUGCAGGAGGACUUCUCCUCGCUGCUGCAGGACAGGGAGACGCUGGAAAGGAGGUGUGCGACCAUCCAGAGGGAGCAGACUCAGCUGGGGCCUCGUCUGGAAGAGACAAAGUGGGAGGUGUGUCAGAAGUCAGGAGAAAUCUCCCUCCUGAAGCAGCAGAUGAAGGAGAUCCAGUCCGAGCUCAGCCAGAAGGCCGGAGACAUCGUGGUGCUGAAGGCCCAGCUGAGAGAAGCGCGUUCUGAGCUGCAGGCCAGCCAGGCUCGAUCUCACGAGGCCGCCGCGGCGCUGCGGACACGAUCUCUGGAGCUGGAGGUCUGCGAGAACGAACUCCAGAGGCGCAAGAGCGAAGCCGAGCUGCUCCGGGAGAAGCUUGGCCGGUUGGAAGAAGAGUCAGCCCGCCUCCGUGACACUCUGUCCAACUACGGCGUGCACUCUCUACCUGCAAAUCUGACCACGAAGGGGCAAUGCAUGAGCCUCUCCCUCCAACAGGGUAGAGGAAUGGCGGGGAGAGGCGGUCCCAGCCCGUCUUUGUACCGAGAUGCGGAGGAGAGCCAUGUGGUGUGGGGAGGGGAGAGCGAUGAAGCCAAGGCUCAGAGGCAGAAUGCAGAAGCAGUGCUGGGAUUCAGACAACAGGUGGACAGGCUGAAGGCUGAACUCAUGUACGAGAGGAGGACUAAUGAGGAGCAACUGUCCCGUUUUGAGGAUGAAAGAAGAGUGUGGCACGAGGAAAAAGAGAAGGUGAUCCGCUACCAGAAACAGUUGCAGCAGAACUACAUCCAGAUGUACCGCAGAAACCGGGAUCUCGAGCGAGUGAUGAGGGAGCUGAGUCUAGAGCUGGAGAACAGGGACAUGGAGGACUACGAGGUUCACAGUGGCAGCAACGACAUCCACUUUGAGGAAAUCACCGCCACAGAGAUCUAAUCACACUAACACACACUCUUGUCGUAGUAUGUGCACAGGAACGUGGAAACACAACACGAAAAAGACUGAGGACGUUAACCCAACAUUGAAGUCCAGGCCAAAUACUGCUCUGUCUUCCACAACUGGACCACUGAGUGAGCACUCACCACUUGUCACUGUCAAAAGGGAAGUCUCCCAAAGGUGCAUUGUUUCUUCCGUACUCCAAUAAAUCCGUAUACAAAGUGUCCCCUCUGGCACAUUUAACAGGUUUUGCUCCACUACAAAGCCAGCACAAAGACUUAUUCCCUUCUGCCGGAGCUAAAGCUGUGAAGAUAGCGUUUCUCCCACAGACCGCCAGAUCAAAUCAGGGUUUCAAAAAUAGUCGGGAACUUGUAGCAAAAAAAUGUUACUGCGGGCACGGCAGUGUGAUCAAAGUGCAGUCACCCCUUUCGUGAUCGCACACAAGGUUAAACACCCGGGCCACCAGCAUGCAAUGCUCCAUCAUGACAGCAGUCCCAUCAAAAGCCACCGCUGCUGGCUGCUAAUGAUGCUCUAAUCAACUGGCCAAACAACAACAACAGCAGCUGCUGAGGGGGAAAAAACACCAAACAUGUGCUAUUUGUGUUUCAACGUGUUUAAAGGAUCAGCGUUCAUUUCAUUUUAAAAAUGAUUAUUGCUUUUCUGGUGCUAAAUUUCCAUAAAACAAAGAAUGUAUGGUGACUGUUAUCGGGAUAAAUGGUCAUCACGGCCAAUUGAAGAAUCUGCUCACCCAGGGAAACACAGUAGCGGUUUGCAGAACUUUUCCGUGCAAUUUUGGUUGUGAUACAACAAGCAAAUCCUCGAACUACAACACACCAGUUUUGACAUCUAGAUAUCCUAAACUGGUUUCUCCAACCAGGAGGAAACAGAAACCAAACGUUUGAAAAACGCUGCUGUUUACUAGACCACCAACGUUCACGCUGUCGCACCCGACCAGCGUUUUAUCUCAGACAACACAGCAAGCUCUGACAUAAACAUACAUGUGCAUUUCACAAUUGUGUAGCACGAUAGGAAGCAGACCGUUGCAUGAGGAGACAUCACCACAAUGCGCUUGAUUCUCCUCUCUCUUUCUAUUUCUGUGUUUGUCUCUAUAUCGGCUCACUCUUUCCAUCUCCAUCGCUGCUUUUUACUCUAUUUUUAUAACAGUCAGCAGUCGGUAUCAGGAAGCUAGAAAUGGUGCAUAUUCUUUUAGUUCGGUCAUGUCGUCACUGAGAGAUUUAAAGGCAUGCUUAUUCAGAGAUCCCUUUUAUUCUCUUUCAUUUCCAUUAGUACUCUUUAUUUAGCUUUUGCCAGCCAAAAGCCAAAUAAAACGUUUAUAGUCAUCUUAUUUUCCCCACUGGACUAUAAUCUUCACUGACUGCUAUACAGGUAGCAAGACUGGCAUGUCUGCAUGUCUUUGUAGUAUCAGAUUUAGAAGCUGGUAGUUCAGAUAGCGCUGAAGAGAGAACAUGCCGAUGCAGUAGCGCCGGCGCCGAGUGGCUGUUAAAGCCCUGAACAUAAGCCGGCGCGGAGCACGUCAAUGUUUGAAGCUGUUUUUUCACAGUAGACGCAAAGCUAAAACUGAGCACGAUGGGUCUCUGGGGAAAAAAAGUAGUUGGCUGAGAUCUUUUAUUUUACAAAGAGUCUUUAUCAAGGAACAACAGUUAAAUGGAAAUCUAUAUAAUGGAGAUGUUGUAUAUUUUUCUAUAUAAAGCACCUGAAGAUAUUUUGUUGUAGUACUGAUAUAAGUGUGGGUUUAAUAUACAACGUAUAAAAAACUCCUCGAUGUACGUACAUAUAUAUAUCACAUACCAAUAUUUCAAAUGAUGGAUCAGUUAUAAAUGGAGGCGGCAGCAUAGAAAGAGUGCACCUAAUACUGUAAUGCAUGAAAAUAUGUUUUUAUGUAUUAUGUGAUCUCUGUGACACAAACUCUAGUGACCAAACUUUGCAGCUGAUAACAGUUGGCAACUUUUAGUUUAGGCUCAGUUUUGAACCGCCGACGCUCCAUUUUGAUUGAUCAAUUAUCUGAUUGUCAGGAUCAUAAUAUCGCACCAAUUCAUGUCUUCAUCUUUGGGUCUUGCUUGUCCUAAAUUCAUAAACGCAUGAGACGGGUGAUUUUUGGUUGACUUCUUCAUUAAGUUGAGUUCAGAGUGAACGCAAACCAAGAAAGUGUUAUGGUUUUUAUUCUUGGAAACUCAAUCCAACCCGAGAUUUGAUUAUCACAUUUCAAUCAGUCUAUAUUUUGCAUGACCUUACCACAUUCACUGCGGUUUGAGGGAUUUUGUAGAUUAUUACAAGCCCGCAUACAUGAGCAUAGCCAUGGGAAGUGACUUUGAUUGAAGCAAGUGGUUUGGCCCACCAUAUUUAAUUUGUUAACAAGACCUAGACUGUUAUUCACGCAGAUGAGGUUCAGAUGAAUACAGGUGAUGCAAACCAAACUGAAAUGUACGGGCUUCCGCUUUUUCCUCAAAUCUCAGUUCUCUUCAUUGUUGAAUAACUGAUUCUGUGUAAAUAUGUAAAACACUAAAUAGUAUAACAGAGUGACUUUGUCUUUUAUUUAGACAAAAUAUCUAUAUCAAAUGUAGCCACUGUGACUAGACCAAAGCAACGUAACACAUUUUCUUCUCUUUUUUUCUCAUAAUUUUGUGUGCAUUUUUUAAGUGUUAACUUACAUUGUGUCUUCAGUAAUUCAUGUAGGUAGUUAUCCAUGUAUAUUUUUAUGUGUACAUUUCUUGUACAAGUGUUUUUAAUUAAAAAACAAGUUGUCACACCUUAAA